GGCCCCCGAGGCACCCUCCGGCCGUCUCUGCGGCGGCUACGGCCUGGGCAGACUGUGCGCGGUGCGCAGGCGCGGAGCCUAGACUUCGCUGCAGCCCCCAUCGCCUCGGGGAGUCGCACCCACAGAGUCCGCCUGCUGGCUCGUCAGUCCUUUCCCUUUCGCUCACCCUCCCCGGUCCCCCCAGCGCCCUACGCGCCCGGAUGGCGGAGCUGCGGCCUAGCGGCGCCCCCGGCCCCUCCGCGCCCCCGGCCCCUGGCCCUAGUGCGCCCCCGGCCUUCGCUUCGCUUUUCCCCCCGGGACUGCACGCCAUCUACGGAGAGUGCCGCCGCCUUUACCCUGACCAGCCGAACCCGCUCCAGGUUACCGCUAUCGUCAAGUACUGGUUGGGCGGCCCAGACCCCUUGGACUAUGUUAGCAUGUACAGGAAUGUGGGGAGCCCUUCUGCCAAUAUCCCUGAACACUGGCACUACAUCAGCUUUGGCCUGAGUGAUCUCUAUGGUGACAGCAGAGUCCAUGAAUUUACAGGAACAGACGGACCGAGUGGUUUUGGCUUUGAAUUGACAUUUCGUCUGAAGAGAGAAACAGGGGAGUCUGCCCCUCCAACAUGGCCAGCAGAGCUAAUGCAGGGCUUGGCCAGAUACGUGUUCCAGUCAGAGAACACCUUCUGCAGUGGGGACCACGUGUCUUGGCACAGCCCUUUGGAUAACAGUGAGUCACGAAUUCAGCACAUGCUGCUGACAGAAGACCCCCAGCUGCAGCCCGUGCAGACACCCUUCGGGAUCGUGACAUUUCUCCAGAUUGUUGGCGUCUGCACUGAGGAGCUCCAUGCAGCCCAGCAGUGGAACGGGCAGGGCAUCUUGGAGCUGCUGCGGACGGUGCCAGUCGCUGGCGGCCCCUGGCUGAUAACUGACAUGCGGAGGGGAGAGACCAUAUUUGAGAUCGAUCCACACCUGCAACAGGAGAGAGUUGACAAAGGCAUCGAGACGGAUGGGUCCAACCUGAGUGGCGUCAGUGCCAAGUGUGCCUGGGAUGACCUGAGCCGGCCCCCUGAGGACGACGAGGACAGCCGGAGCAUCUGUAUCGGCACGCAGCCACGGCGGCUCUCCGGCAAAGACACGGAGCAGAUCCGAGAGACCCUGAGGAGAGGACUUGAGAUCAACAGCAAACCUGUCCUUCCACCAAUCAACCCUCAGCGGCAGAACGGCUUCACCCACGACCGAGCUCCAAGCCGCAAAGACAGCCUGGAAAGCGACAGCUCCACGGCCAUCAUUCCCCACGAGCUGAUCCGCACACGACAACUCGAGAGUGUACAUCUGAAAUUCAACCAGGAGUCAGGGGCUCUCAUUCCCCUUUGCCUAAGGGGCAGGCUCCUGCAUGGACGGCACUUUACAUAUAAAAGUAUCACAGGUGACAUGGCCAUCACAUUCGUUUCCACUGGAGUGGAAGGCGCCUUUGCCACUGAGGAGCACCCUUACGCAGCCCAUGGACCCUGGUUACAAAUUCUGUUGACUGAAGAGUUUGUAGAGAAAAUGUUGGAGGACUUAGAAGAUUUGACUUCUCCAGAGGAAUUCAAACUUCCCAAAGAGUACAGCUGGCCUGAAAAGAAGCUCAAAGUCUCCAUUCUGCCUGACGUGGUGUUCGAUACUCCACUGCACUAGCCUGGGCUGGGCCCUGCAGGGGCCAAGGGAGAGCCCAGCCGCUCCCCGGUGACUUCCAGGAUAACAACUGCGUGAAAGAGAUUCCCACAAGUAAAAGGACAAGUGUGAGGAUGACCACGCGGCCACCGCACCCCUGCCUCAUCCUCGGCUCAGGGGCCUCACCCCGCAGCCAGCCAAGCCACCUGGGCCGGGAGACGGCAAAUGCAAACCUUCCCCUCCCACUGCUGCCACCGAUUGUGGUUUGAGAUUUGACUCUGGACCUUCGACUUGACAUGGCCUUAGGUGGAGACAGGCCUCAUCCUCACCCCUCCCCGGCCAUGCCGGCCAUGCCGGCCAGCACGAGGGAGUGGCGUGGCCACGUGCGUGCACUGCCCAGCUCUGCCCUGGGAAGCCUUUGGUAGGCAAGCCCCUCUGGCCACGGAACAAUUCCUCCGACCGUGUUUGCUUUUCUUCCUCCUUAUUUUAUUUUGUAGAAACCGGAUGGUAUUUUAUUGGUCUUCAAGGAUGUCCAGAAGCCGUGUGUAUGAUGUUUUUUAAACAGAACUUUAUUCCCAGAUGAACUCUCUCAUUCUCUAGGACAGGGGCCUUGAGCCGUCUCGCCCUCCCUGAGCCACCACCAGAGAAGGUGCUGGUGUCCACCUGCCAGCCCAGGACACAGUGGAGCUAGCUUCACAGAGAGGCUUUUCCUCCGGCAGGGCCUGGUGGAGCCUGGGGCAGAGGGAGAGCUGACUUCUACCCCCAUGCAGCCCAGUUUCGCUGGAGCCUGGAGGAGGUACUGCUGGUUCUCAAGUGGACCAGGCCCCUGGCUGAGUACAAGGACCACCAGGGUCUCAGAGAUUUGGGAGCCCCAGCCCCAUCUUCCGGCAGUGUCCACCCCACCAGACUUGCCUGAGGGAGGGUGAGGCCCCGCACUGUGGCAGUGCGUAGACCACCCCACCUGCCCCUCAGGGCCUAGGUCUCCAGCUCUUUGAGCACUCCAGUCCCAUUUCCUCAUCCCCUGGGCCUCCCAGCCUCCAGGCUGCAGGACUCUGGCAUAUUAAAAAUGGAAAAAGUCAACCUCUCAACAAGUCCUUCACUUUGAUUUUGUAAACAGCGCACUCUUCUGCCCUCCUCCGCCCUGCGUCCAUUCUUUUCUUGUCUUUCCUUCCCCCAUUUCAUUCCCUGCCUCUUUUCCUGCAUCCUGGCCUCUCCUAGUCCCUACUGCAGAUCUCAUGAUCUUCCUCCCAGAAACAGACCGAACUCUGGCCCAUGGGUUUGGGGUUCCUCUUGGAUUUUCUCCCACUUCUCACCCGGAAUCAGCAAGCCCCUUGCGUGCCUUCUUACCUCUGAUGCUAGGGACUGCUAUUUCAAGAUCACACUCCAGGCCAUUCCAAAGUGAACUCCUUUUGUCUGUCGGGGUCCUACUAGGACCAUGCACUGCCCCGUCUGUACCGCCACACACUUGGGCACCACCAUGGUGUCACAGGAGGCCCAUGGGGGACAGGACCCUUCUGAUGAGAGACUCAGCCAAAGAGCUGCCUCCAAGGGUCAUGAAGGCAGUGGCCAGGCCUUCCAGGGAGCAAGAUAUGGACUUCCAAGGGGCCAUGAGGGACUGGCUGCUUGUCGGCACACCCCCAGGGCUACCCAGUUGGCUCCAGGCCUCCACCGACAAAGAUGGAAGCUCCUUUGGACCUGAUGUUGGCUGUAGCUGUGCCUUCUGCUCGAAGGACUUUUCCAAACGGACAUUUCUCUGGCCUUCACCCACCAUAGCAUCAUUGCCUUUGAAGCUCUUGUCAUCUGAUGUUUCACGGCCAAAGAGGUGCCCUUAGCUUAUCUCCUUUCCUUGCCACCCUGGCCUGCCUCCCCACAAAUUCUUUCUUUCUGGGGAUCUGCCUCUUCCUGUCUGGUUUGGCCAGUGUGGGGGAGGGUAUUUUCUGGGCUGAGCUUUGUCAUCAUUAUGGGAGGCAGGUGGGAAGCAGGUGAGCUCUGAGACCAUGAGCAUGAAGCCUGUGGCCCCUUCCUGCCCCGUGAUGUCAGGAACCUCCAAGGUCCGGCAGAGGCCAGGCCUCCCAUCUUCUUUCCCUACACUGCAUUGGCUCUGGUGAAGUAGGAGAGCAUACACCAUCUCUGACCUGGCCUUCCAGAGGUUUCUUGGGGUGGGGGUGGGGUUCCCUACUGAGCUUCUGGCUGGUGAGAAGGGACCCUCACUGAGGACCAAGUGAGGCUGAUCAUGUUGCCUCCCCAGCAUAGCACCUGGCACAUGGUGGGUACUCAUUACAUGCCUCUUUCCCUCCCUGCAGCUCUUCAGGUACCCUGACAUCAUCGUGAGCUGGGGAGGUGAGAAGCCUCCCUCCCCAAAUCCACAUCUCUCAUACGCUUCUGUGUGGCUCACCCAGUCCCUCCCCCCAGGUCCCUGUGGCUAAAGCUUCUGAGAGGAAGGAGCUUCCCCAUGCAGGUGGCCUUCCACCCACACGCAGCAGCCUCUGGAACUCCUCGUGUCCAGUGUGGACUGCAAGAGGCCCGCAGACCCAGUGUCGUUCUGACAGGUAGAGUGGCUCAUGCAGGGUCUCAGGUCUGGCUGGGGAGCUGGGUGCCUCUUCCUGCCCUUCUCUUGCUCUUCCAAAGUUGAGGCCUCAGGGCAGGAACCAGGAAGCCUUGCGGGGAGUCUAAAGGGCUAGAGGAUUUUAAAAAAUAAACAUAGGGUCUUGGGACUGGGUUUUGAGAUUGAGUUGAGAGCAGGGGGAAAAAACCCUGAAGGUCGGUGCCCCUAUGGGGCAGACCAGUAGAGAACUCCCUUAACUGUAUUUUUUUAUCUGAUUGUCUUUCCUCUCUGGCUUCAGGUCCUCUAUGCCAGGGGAGGUACCUGGGUCCUGUUAUAAAACAGGAGCACCAUAGAGAGGGCCCUCCUUUUGUACAAGUACCUGAAUGCUGCAGUGAGCAGACUUUUGUAAAAUUUUAUAUUAGUUUCUAAUGUCAAUUGUGACUCGGUUCCUGGGGGCUGCAGCCAGCCUGGGACUUUUGUAAGAAUUUUUGGGUGACUCACUUAGAUGUCGUUUCCUUCUUGCUCCCUCUUUCUCUGUGUAAUCUAAGUGCAUUAAACAUAUUUGCAGAUGUG